GUAGAGUUGCUGAGGCUCUGUAAAAUGGCUUUGCGCUUCCACAAUGCCAUCCCCUACGCCAUUCCUGGAGUGCUGGCACUUCUGGGCUGCUGGUGGAUGUAUUCCCACAGGAAAAAGCAUGCCACCUACCAAGACAAACCAGCGAUGGCCGUGGAAGAGGAGAAGCAAGAAGUGCCAGAGAGUGAUUCGUCACCCAGCACAGCAGCAUGUGUUCUGCCAAGGCUGCCUCUCUCCUCGGAAGAGGAGUGCCCAGAGAGUGAAGGCUCCAGCUUCCUGCUGUCGGCAUGGUCCACGACGCCCUCUCUUCUGUGUCACACUCAGGAGAGGCUAGAGCUCUCACAGGACCUUCAGGACCUGUCAGUAUCUACAGUUCAAGCCAGCACCCUUGAGGACGACAGUGAAAAACUGGAAAGGAUAGGGUCUCAAGAUGGAAGCAGUUCUCCUGCUUGUGUUCCUCUGCCUCUGCUCGCAGAGGGUCCCAGCAGUGCUGCAGAGAGCCUUGGACAGCGCUCAGGCUCUGCUGCGAACCAAGGUCAGUGGUCAGCAGCAUCAAUGCCACUGACAGAAGAGUCUCUGGGAGUCUCGGGGGACAUCAGCAAUGCAGAGCACUCAGAGGAGUCUUCGUUUAAGCCCCUUAAGGAAGUCCAGGUGCCAGGAAUGAUGCCGUUGAAUCCUGGCUCUGUGCCAGCCCUUUGCUUGGGACUGGAGAAGGAAGCCAGUGCCCCACAAGCCUUUCUCAGUAGCAAAGCUGAGGUUGUAUCCAGUCACAAGGAUUCUGCAGUGAGCCUGUUACCAAAGAGUUUGGAGUCUGCCUCUUCAGAGCAAUCGAGGAAGGAAAAGAUGUCUGAGCCAGUGGCUGGUACUGUACCUGUGGGUCUGGAGGACAUGCAGCUGGAAGGAGCUGAUUUGGAAAGAGAGAAGACUGGAGGAGUGAGUUUGGACGAGGGAGAAGUUGAGAAGAUUGAGCAGGUGGCAAUAGAAAUAAUUUCCAAGGUUAUUUUGGCAGCCACUGAGGAAGUGCUGUCUGGUGCUGCAGGUGAUGUGCCCACACAGAUCUGCCAGGCCACUGCCGGUGGUGCUGAGAGGCCUCUGGAGACAACCAACCUUGUUUCUUCUGGUCAGCUGCUGGCAGAGGAAGCUGCAGUAGCUGGCGAGAGCAUUGCUGUGAAGGGGAAUGCUGCAGCACUGCCGCCCCUGCAGCCAGAGGAGCGGGGGCAGUGUGCCACAGGCUCCGGCUGCUCGCCCAGCCCUGCUCAGGAAUGCACUGGGGGCUGUGGGGUCGAGAGCUGCCUUUGCAGCGAGGCCCAUGCAGCUGGCCAGGCUCCCCUGGAAAACCAUGGAGGGGCACUGGGAAAGUCACCUUUGGUUAUGGAGGACUCUGGGUACAGCACCUGUGUGUGUGAAGGGGGCACAAGUGUGGAGGAGCCACUGCAGAACCCAGCGCUGGCCCUUGCACCGGGCCAGCAGUUGAACUCACUGAGCAGAUCUGCAGCCCUAGACACAUCUGCUGAGCAGAGCUCAGCUCCAAGUGAGAAACCUGCUCCUCUGAAGCCACCUGAAGGCAGCAACGUGUCCUACAGUAAUGGGAUACUGAAAGAGGAUGGUCCAGACUUGCAGCAUGAGUGUAGCAGGGCAGCAGGGAUGGGUGGAGAGCACUCAGGAGGUGCGGAUGUCGAUGGCGUGGGGUUUGUGGACAGUGGCUGUGCCAUGAGGAAGACAGUGACCCGCCAGAAGCUGGGAGCAGAGUCCAGCAAGCCUGACUUCGUCAUCUGGGAAAUCGAGGUCCCAAAGGAAUUAGUUGGCCGCUUGAUUGGCAAACAAGGGAGGUUUAUGAGCUUCCUGAGGCAAGCAUCUGGUGCCAAAAUCUAUGUCUCAACACUACCUUAUUUUCGUGACUCCCAAGUCUGUCACAUCGAAGGCUCCAUGCAGCAAGUAGAGAAAGUGCUGAGCCUGAUUGGCAAGAAGUUCAAAGAGCUGUGUCUGGCCAACAUCUAUGCUCUACCUCCACCAACACCGCUGACCCUUCAUUCCCUCCUUAUGACUGCCUGGCUGUUCCUCCCAGAUGGGGUCACUGUAGAGGUGGUGGUGUCCAACCAGGUGGAUGCAGGCCACAUGUUCCUGCAGCAGCACACGCACCCUACCUUCCACGUCCUGCGGAGCCUCGACCAGCAGAUGUCUGCUUGCUAUUCUCAACCUGAAAUUCCAACCCUGCCAACUCCAGUAGAAGUUGGCAUUAUCUGUGCAGCUCCAGGCCUGGAUGGGGCAUGGCUACGGGCUCAAGUUAUUAGCUACUUCGAAGAGACCAAUGAAGUGGAACUCAGAUAUGUGGACUAUGGAGGAUAUGACAGAGUGAAGGUUGACACACUCAGACAGAUCAGGUCUGACUUUUUAUCCCUGCCUUUCCAAGGAGCAGAAGUUUUACUAGACAACGUGGUGCCACUUCCAGAUGAGGAUCACUUCUCCUCGGAGGCGGAUGCCGCGGUGAGCGAGAUGACUCGAGGCGCGGUCCUGGUGGCACAGGUCACCAAUUAUGACAGCGCAACAGGCCUGCCGCUGAUCCAGCUGUGGAACUUGAUGGGAGAUGAGGUGGUGUCAAUAAACAGAACUCUGGUAGAAAGAGGAUUUGCUCAGUGGCUUGACUACUAGCAGUGUCCUGGAUGCCUCAACAGCUCUUCUGCAGAGGAGAAAAAAGCAGAGAAUCUCGUUUUGCACUGUUACAAUUUGGUUUGGCAAACCCUCCUGAGAAGACCUGUUUACAGCUGGGUGCGGAGUUCUGUGGUCCAUGUCACACAUACCUCGUCUCAGUGCAAGGCAGGGUGUUCAAAGCCAUAAUGACAGAUACUGGAGCUUUAAAGCAAAAAAAAGAAAAAAGAUCCUCCCUGGCCUCUACUCAAAAGUUGAAUGGGGAAAAAAAAAAAAACAAACCACAACCCACCUUAAAACCUUGGGGCUUGCUUGAAGCUUGCAACCGCCCCAGAAACCGUAACUGUGGCUGCCUUCGUGUAAGGCUUCGUGGACUUGGUGUCUGCUUGCCCUAGAAGUCACAUCAGCAGUUGUCCUUUUUUAACAGGCUAUGAAAUUAAUGAAUGUUAUUAAGGAAGUUGAUGUUCAGUUAUGGAUUUUUCUCUCUCAUGCCACUAACCUGCACAGACAACAUUCAUCUUGUGUCUUCCUUGCGCCAGGAGGGGGAUGAGUUGCGUUUGUUGCACUCGCCGUGGCACACCUCUGGCUGCAAUCAUGGUUUUUAGGCUUUGAUAUGCUUAAGGGAGAAAGCUUCUCUGUGCAAGGAUGUGUUACCACUACAGGUUUGUGUUUUUUUUUUGCUCUGAACUGUCAUGUAUUUAAAGAAAUUGCCAAGCCCAAUUGUAGUUUAUAUUUUUCUAGCUGUGCAAGUCUGUAAAUAGAUAUUGGGGGGAAAAAAAAGAGGAAGAAAAGAAAAAGAAAAAAAAAAAGAAGCAAACAAGCAUUGUAAUAUUUUGUACAAGAAAAAACACUGGAAAAAAAGGGAACUUUAUUGAAGCUUUUUUCACACCAAAAUGUCCUGUGUAGGUAGAACCGGUUUGGAGUGCAGUAGGGUUAGGAGCAGCUGAAUGUUGGGAGCGUGUCCGGGGUUAGGAUCCCCUGGGAGUGCUGUCUGGUUUGGAUUGUGAUUGCUGCAUUCUUUGCUAUGUUGCUGUACAGAUCUGGUUUAAAAAAAGAAAUAACAACCUGGCAUUAACCUUGCAGUGGUGUUGGCUGGGGUUUUUUUUUUUUGCUCCUUUUAUAGAUUUCUAUGACACAUUUAAACUGUUGCCCAAGUAAUGGAAGCUGAGUUUGUGCCCUCUGAUGGGUAUCGUUUGAGGUCUGUGUUGAGCUGGGGGUUUCUUGCUGGCUGAGAUGAUGUCUGCCAGGAGCAUGUCAAUGUAGUCAGUCCCCAGAAGCUUGUUCAGGGAUCUGUGGUCAUCCCCUGAGCUAGCAACACACAGCUGCCUACAAAGCAUCGGGUCUGGUCCAUUCUGACACAGCCUGAUCCUGUCCUCGCUGGAGUUCUCUCCUAUUUGGUGCUUCUGGUUUCAUGUUCGUGUUUGCAAUGACAGCCAACGAAAGCUAAGUUGGGAAACUCAGCUCCAUCUACAAACCAUCGACUCUCUUGGAAUAUUUCUCUCCAUUUCAAUUAAAGCUGGAAUUUUAAGCCCUCUCAA